AUGAGUCAGGCGGAUAUUUCUUGCUCAGCGCGUCAAAGAGUGUUUCAGGAAGCAUUGAAAAGGGGCAAUACCAAGGAACUUCACUCGCUCCUGCAGAACAUGACCAACUGCGAAUUUAACGUCAAUUCUUUCGGACCAGAGGGACAGACUGCGUUGCAUCAGUCUGUGAUUGACGGGAAUCUUGAGCUAGUCAAAUUGCUGGUGAAGUUUGGCGCAGAUAUACGUCUAGCCAACAGAGAUGGAUGGAGCGCGCUGCAUAUCGCAGCCUUUGGGGGACACCAAGAUAUUGUCCUCUACCUCAUCACAAGAGCCAAGUACUCAUCUAGCGCACUGUAA